UUGUCUUACUAGUGAUGGGUUGUCGUGUAGUAGAAACACUGUGAGUGGGUGGAAGCCAACUUGGAAACAACACGGAGUGAAAGUCCCUCUCGCUCCGUGCUCAAGUGACUCGGUGGUCAGCCCCCCUUGACCAGACAGGAGGUAACUGCUGUUAAUGAACCACGGCGGCCUGAGUUCACUACUACUCUUUUUUGGGGGGGGUCGAUUCAAACUUUCGGCGCGUCUUCGUGUGUCGUACUCCAAAUAGUGUGCCCUAGCCGGCCUGAGUGUGCUCUGACCCACCUGAGGACCAAGCGACCGGACCGCAUGUGUCCGUCUUCUUCCCGCUUGUCGUUCUUCUUGAAGACCAGGUGAGAUCCACGCCUGGAACCUGCCGGUUUCGUUCUCUUCGACGCUCCCUCCCCGCGUAAGACUCUCCUGUAGCCGAAGAGCUGCCGACCUCCAGGACCGCCAUGGAUCUAACGAGAGUGGCCGAGGAUCGACGGGGAGAAAGCGGGAGAAAACUACGACUGGGUCCGCUGUGCGCCGUCGCUAUCAUCAGCCUCCAAGGCAGCAGGGGAGUCGGCGGCUGCUCCGGGUUUGUGUUUAUAGGAUGCAUGAAUAGAGCCAAGCCAGUCCUGUCCAUCCACGCUGUCGCCAUACAGUUCACCAAGGAGCCGAAGUCCCAGGAUGCUUUGCAUGGCCGCAGCGCCAUGCUCCGCUGCGAAGUCAGCGAUCCGACCAACAUCACGUACAGCUGGCUCCACAAUGGCCAGCACCUGGAAAACAGCGAGAGACGCUACCAGGAGGGCAGCAAUCUCAAGUUCACCGCUGUGGAGCGCCAGCUGGAUGCUGGAAACUUUGAGUGCGUCGCAUUAAACAUGGCCACAGCGGAGGUGCUCCAUUCCACCAACGCCUCCUUCAACAUCAAAUGGUUAGAAAGUGGUGGCGUGACAUUAAAAGAGCCCGCCUCAGAGGGGGAAAUUGAGAGCUCUGCACGCGUCACGCUUCGCUGCCACAUUGACGGACACCCACGGCCUACAUGUCAAUGGUUCAAGGACGGGGUAAAGUUGACCGAGAAGAGUCAUCAGAUCAACAACAAGGAGCGUACGCUCACCUUCAAGAGCGCCACUCCAGACGACAACGGUCUGUUCUACUGCUGCGCCAAAAAUGCAGCCGGUCAUGUCUGCAGCAAUAGCAACUUUACUCUCAACAUCAUAGACAAGAGCUUUCCCCGUCCAGUGGUUACCCCUGAGGACCAGGUGGUUCUGAGGAAUGAAGAAGCUGUGUUCCACUGCCAAUUCACAGCCGUGCCGCCUCCUACGCUGGAGUGGUACCAUGAAAAUGAGCUGCUAGUGAACAAAUCUCGUGUCUUCCUGCUCUCCAAUGGCUCACUACUCAUCACCCAGGUCAAGCCCAGGAACACAGGCUUGUACAAAUGUGUUGGCCGCGGCGUCAGCGGCUCCCAAGUGACACACGAGGCUUCCCUCCUCAUAGCUGAGAUUGAUGACAUGCUGUCCAAGAUGUCCCAGGUUUUUACAGCAGACACCUUGCAGAGGGUUCCAUGUAAUCCCCCACGGGGGAGACCCCAGCCUGCGGUCUGGUGGGAGAGGGAAGGUCAGCCAGUGCCCACUGAGGGACGAGUGUACCAGGAUGGCUUGGAUUUGGUUUUUAGUCCGACUGAGGCUGGCGAUUCUGGAGUUUAUACGUGUGUAGCUCAAAACAAGGCGGGCCGCAGGACACAGGAGGUCACCUUCACUGUGGCCACCGCCCCUGUCUGGGUAACAAGGCCCCAAGACAGUCGGUUAGAAGAAGGUAAACCGGGUUACCUGCACUGUCACGCCAAAGCCACUCCUGAACCUGAGGUCACAUGGCUCCGCAACAAUAUCAUGAUCACACCAGAGGACUCCCGUUUCAAACUGUUCCCAAAUGGCACCCUAAGGAUCAACAGCGUGGAGGUGUACGACGGACAGAUGUAUGGCUGUGAGACCAAGACAGUGGGUGGUCGACUCUCUGGCCAGGCCAGAGUUACCGUGCUGGAGAAGCUGAAGUUCACGCCGACCCCCCAACCCUCUCAGUGCCUGGAGCUGGAUAAUGACAUCACCAUACAGUGUUCUGCUAAAGGCAGAGAGAGGCCCACCAUCCGCUGGACUAAAGCAGACGGAGGAGACUUGCCACCCCAUGUGGAGCAGAAAAACGGCCAGCUUCACUUCUCCAAAGUCACCCGCAGUGACGCCGGCAACUACACCUGCAUUGCUUCCAACAGCCUCCAAGGGGAGAUCAGAGCCUUCGUGUCCCUCACAGUGGCGGUGUACAUUCGCUUUAAAGUGGAGCCAGAGAACACAACAGUGUACCAGGGCCAUACAGCUAUCCUGCGCUGCCAGGCCACUGGCAGCCCUGAGCCUCACAUCCACUGGAUGGUCAAAGACAAGACGUUGGACAUCAGUAGGAACAGGAGGAUCCAGAAGAUGUCCAAUGGCUCCCUGGUGAUUUCAGACGUCACUACAGACGACACAGGCAGAUACACGUGUGUGGCUGGGAACAGCUGCAACAUCAAAGACCGUGUGGCUCAGCUCUAUGUCGUGGAUAAGCCAGCGCAGACCUAUGAUGAGGAUGAGGACCGAGCCCCUUAUAAGAUGAUUCAAACCAUCGGCUUGUCUGUGGGGGCAGCUGUGGCUUACAUCAUCGUGGUGCUGGGCCUCAUGUUCUACUGCAAAAAGAGACGCAACGCCAAACGACUGCACAAGGGUCAAGAUGGAGAGGAGCCAGAGAUGGAGUGUCUUAAUGGCGGGGCUGUUCAGCAAAAUGGCCACACCACCACUGAGAUCCAGGAGGAGGUGGCACUCACUAACAUGGGCACCAUGGCAACAACCGAGAAGCGCCACAGCCACGUCAACAGCGACAAGCUGCACUUUCCCCGAGCAAACCUGCAAACCAUCACUACUUUAGGUAAAGGCGAGUUUGGCGAGGUCCUUUUAUCCAAAGCCAAAGGCGUCGAGGAAAGAGAGGAGGAAACGGUGGUGCUGGUGAAGAGCCUCCAGACUAAAGACGAACAGCUUCAGCUUGACUUUCGCAGAGAAGCAGAGAUGUUCGCCAAGCUCAGCCACUCCAACGUAGCUCGUCUGUUGGGCCUGUGCAGAGAGGCGGAGCCGCACUACAUGGUCCUGGAGUAUUACGACCUGGGAGAUUUAAAGCAGUUCCUGAGGAUUUCUAAGAACAAAGAUGACAAGGUCAAAUCUCAGCCCAUCAGCACGAAGACCAAAGUUUCCAUCUGUGCCCAAGUGGCUCGUGGGAUGGAACAUCUGUCCAAUCACCGCUUUGUCCACAAAGACUUAGCCGCUCGUAACUGCCUAGUCAGCAGUCAGAGACGCAUCAAAGUGUCGUCCCUCAGCCUUAGCAAGGACGUUUACAAAAGUGAGUACUAUCACUACAGACAAGCGUGGAUCCCUCUGCGCUGGCUCCCUUCAGAGUCCGUGUUUGAAGACGACUUCUCCACCAAGUCUGAUGUUUGGGCCUUUGGAGUGCUCAUGUGGGAGGUGUUCAGUCACGGGGAAAUGCCUUACACCAAACUUGGAGACAAUGAAGUGCUAGAAGGCUUGCAGACAGGGAAGCUGAAGCUGCCCCCUAUAGAAGGAUGCCCCUCCAAAAUGUCCAAGCUCAUGGUCAGCUGCUGGGCCCCCAGCCCCAAGGAGCGGCCCUCCUUCAGCGACGUGGUGCGCACCCUGGGAGAGACGUCCUCUGAUAGCAAAGUGUGACACAGCAACGCCCCGAGUAGUGGAACUUAAGUCUUCUCUCUUCCUGCGAACAAAGACAGACUAUUUAGUCUCACUCUUCAGGGACCAAGGAUCAUUUUAAAUAUGCAUUUCAGACUAGAAAGGAGAAUUGUUUGCCAUUUCAGUGGAAGCGCACACAGAUUUUUUCCUUUUUUUUUUUUUUUUUUGAGCGCCGCCUGGAGUUUUUACGUUUGCCUUAAACGCAACAUGGAUGACAACCCUCUUGCUCAACUUCCUGUCUGUGUGAGCCUGCCGGUUCGGUCGCAGAGACUCUUUACAAACUCUGUGCCUCUCUUCUCCACACACACACUGAGAAUGUGGUCUUGUAUUAUACAACUGUCCUUGAACCUAUCAUCCUCAUUAUCACCACCAGGAUGCUCAAAUCAGUGUGUGUGCAUGAAGGUGUGUAACUGUUACACAAGGCAGACUUGUUUGAAAAUGAGUCUUUUGGGAUGAUAAAACAAAAAAAAAAGUACAUAGCCAAGAAUUGACUGUUCCAUUUUGUAUAUUUUAAAGAGUGUUUUUGUUCUUGUAUCAACUUUUGCGGUGCUUAUUAUCUAACACUAUGUCCAAGUUUCAGGGAUCCACUGGGAGUGUGUUGAACCUGCAGAGGUCCUCACCUGUGGGUCCACCUGUGUGUGCGUGUGUGCGCGUGUGUGUGCGUGUGUGUGUGUGUGUGUGUGUGUGUGUGUGUGUGUGUGUGUGUGUGUGCAAUGCUGCAAAAGGGGACCAGUGUACAUAAUGUAGAGGCCUUGCACUAACCUCCCUCGUUUUGUCUUUUGCCAACACAGUGUGUUGAAGGCCUCUUUAUUUAUAGUGAAGGUCCUGUGUGUGUGUGUUUUUAUUUGGAUCAGUGUGUUGUAGAAAGGUACUGCUCUAACGUCAUUCUCAUGAUCCGUUUGUGUGUUUAUGGCCCAACCGGCUAAACAUGCUAACAAAGAACAAAAAAACUGAGUCACUGCUGGUCACCAGUAUACGGAAAUAAGUGCCUGGUAAAUGAAGGAUGAUCUAAAAGUUGUUUCCCUUUUUUUAUUUUUAUUUUUUACAUGAUCUAAUCAAAUCCCUUUGUUGAUGACACCUUUUUGUAUAAGUUGUUUUUAGUGUGAUAUGUUUCUAUGAAUGCUAGGCACUCACAUCUAAACCUUUUUUUAUCUGCUUCAGCAAAAGUCCACUGUUACUGUAUAAUGGAUAUUUACAAAAGUAUACAUAAUGCUUCCAAUAAAGGUUCACA